AUGGGUCCUGCCGUGCAUAAUCAACUAUAUGAAUGUGGAUUAAAAACAAUGUAUCAAGAUAAAUUCUUGCUCGACAAGCAUGAAACUCAAUUAUUUCAAUCGUUAAACAAAUUUAUCAGUUUUAUAAACAAUGCUAAUCAGCCAAAUAGUACUAGAGAACAGAACACAAAAUUUUGUAAAUCCUCUUCGAACUUUUUACGCUUAAAGUUAUUAACAGUUUUGAGGCAGUGGUCCAACUGCUCUCAAAGUAGCUGUACAUUAGAGAGUAGGGACGUUUUGAUCCAAUGGUGGGUGACUCUCCUGAAUUUUCUGAACUCUGACACUUCGCUGCAUAUAGAUACCGCUCUUGAGUCGAGUUUAAGCAUAGAACUGACGUCCGUGUGUCUCGAAUGCGUCAGUAGAAUUGCAACUAUACUAAUAAUACUGCCCAUCCAUCCAUGGAGAGACAUGGAAAUAUAUUCACACCAUCUUUUAUUGACCAUUCAUUGCAUAACAAAUAAACUGGUUUUAAUUUCUAAGAACACUAAAAAACUUAAUCGUACAGACGGUGAUGAUAAGUUCUCUAUAAAUGACAAAAAAUUGCAAUAUUUCAGCAAAUAUUCUUCUUUACUUCGAGCAUUUAUUGGAAAAUUAAAUGCUUACGCAUUUUUUUAUUUACCAGAAGAGUUCCAUUUUGAUACGAUUUUGUUAUUAACCGUUUCUCCCCAGAUUUCUUCAAAUAUUCAAGCAUGUUUGUUCUCAUGGAAGAAGAGACAAUAUAAAUUCACUGACGAUCAGGAAAAAACUAUUCACACUGAAGCUUUUGAAGACAAAGAUACCAAAUUUUUCAAAAUUAUUGUUUCUUACAUCAAGAACGAUUUUGUACUCAUGUCCUUUUAUUGGCAUUAUUGGUAUAUCGUACUUCACUUCGUCAAUUUCUCCGAUUCAAAUUUUGAGAUUACAAAAUCGACAUUGGCAUCUAUACCAGGAUCAGAAAUUCUCUUGACGCAUGUAACAACUAGAUUUUUGAAUUCAGACUUGAAUAAAUUCAUGCGUAUUAUAAAACAAACGCCUAAUCCGAAAAAUGUAAAUGAUAAUGUAGCAGAGUCGCAUCCGAAUUUUAGAGCUUUGAAUAGUAAUAACGCUUUCAUCACAUCCGAAAGAAUUAAUGAUUACGUUUUCUCUAACUUUAAGACAAUAAAAUUAUGGGAAUGCCUAAGAAGUCUCUCGGGAUGCAUUUUUAUAGAGGCACAUUCCGGAUCGUUGGAAAAUAUGCUUUCCUUACAUGAGUCCUUAUUGAUGGAUUAUGUCUCGACUAUCUCAGCGUAUGAUUACGUCGCAGCCAACGUCAUUUACAAUAAGGUUUUCCAGUUUAUCAUUUUCCAAUUUGAAAGUUUACCCACUUUAAAAUUCAUUCAGUGGAACUCGUGGCACAAUGGGCUCUUGAGUAUGUUAAGGACUAAAAAUUUUAACUGUCAGACUGUUUCUCUAUUGUGUCUUUUCAAUAUUUGGAAACACGUUGCUCUUGAGGAACGCGAUAUAAUAGUUAAGACUCUUUUAAAUGAGUUUUGGUCAUCCUUAACCUUUGAUAAUGAGUUUCCUUUGAUUAGAAUAUUAUUUGUAAAGCUAUUGGUUUUCAAAAUCAUCCCAUUUGUUCAAGAUUCUGCUUCAUUACGAUUGCUACCACAUGAAAGGGUCAAGGAGUUAUAUGAAGAACUAUUAAUGGACAAGGAGAAAUUGACCGGAGAGCAAAAACAAAAUUUAAACUGUAUGGUUGUAGACAGGAAUAAUGCCCUCGUUUUCAAUGGUAAUUCUCGUUUAAUAAUGGUUCCUAGAAAACCCAAUGUAGAGGAUCAAUUAGUCUAUAAGAUAAAUCACGAUAAAAAUUUAACGAUGGAAAAGUUUCCCUCUGUUAGUUCGGUAGCCAAUACAAGACCUAAUAUUAUUUUAAAGAACGGAAAGUAUGCUUAUGACGUUUUAGAUGAAAUGGCAAGUAAAGCUGCCUUUUUGCUUGCAGAAAAGAAUACUCGAUUAAAUUCAAAAAAUAGUCAUAAUGAAGGAGAUCAGGACAACGAAGAUAAUGACGAAGAUAGUGGCACACGUAGAAAAAAGACAAGGGAAAGCAGUAGCUCUUUGUCAGCAACGCUGAAUUCUUGGUUUUCCAAAUUUUCUACUGGCUCCGAAGAAGCACAGAAGAGAAAAGAACAAGAGAGUGAAUUGGAUAACGACUUUGAGUAUGGUGAAGAUAUGGUCGAUUCCUCAGAGGAUGUACCAAAGAGGUCGUCUAGUAAUAUUGAGAAGCUAUUCAGGCAUGGUAAUAACUCAGGAUCAAUAGCGUCAUUUAAUUCAAGUGUCAAACUUGAUAAGAAAAGGGGGAAUAUAUUGAUAGGACCGCCAGAAUUAAGGUUUUCUAAUGACAUUAAGGAGCAAAAUAGCAUAACUACUAUAUUUAAAUUGGCGUUCAUUCAAACAAAUAGAAAGGUGGUAGAAAAAAUAGAUAUGGCGAACAUGAAAUGGGGAACUAUUCACGGAGGCAGUAAGUAUAUGAAACCUUUGCCUGUUCCAAAAGAAUUAAUUUUUGUCAAUCCAGCUAACAACGAUAAUGAGACGAGAAACUUCAUUACAUUAGAUGCUAAGGAUUUAGAUAUUGAACUACCGGUGCCUGAUUUUAGUAUAUUUGGCAAGUGUGUGGAAGUUAGGUGCGAAGUUCCAACAGUAGGUAACCCAAUUUUGGAAGACGUAAAAGAUAUUGGGGAGAAUGGGAUUUCAACUUGGAAGCAGAACCAGAGUAUGAGGUUAAAGACGAGGAUGCGAAAAAUCUGCGUUUUUAUUGAAACGUUUAAUGCUUCAGUGAAAGAAUAUUAUGAAUUUUCGAAUCGAUUAGAACAUGACAGUAUAUUUAUAGAUUAUGAAGUCAGGAAGCCCAGUAGUAAUCAUUCUAUCAACAUCAAAGUCUGA